AUGAGCCUCUUAAAUAUUGCCCAGACUGCAGGCCAGGCUACACAACCUCCCCUAGCUCAACCCACAGAGAAAUCCAUACAUCCCCAACCGCCGGAUAAGGCCGUGCCACAAUCAGCCGAACCUCCAGUCAAACGACUGAAGCUCACAUUCAACCGGGGUGGGGAUUCGCCCCAGAGCCUGCUUCCUCCUCAAACACAGCCUCCAUCUUACACCCAGCCCACAUUCACGACCACGCCGAAGCCCGUGCGGAAUACUACCUCUGCGCCUCGGGGCCGGAGAAGGGGUGGGGCCAGCCUAUCCGGGAAGCGCAAGCGUGCAGACGAAGACAUCAUCAAGACAGGACCGGACUCUUCGUCUGAGAACAGUGACCAUAACGAUGAGGCGGAUUUUACGCCUAGUUCAACGCAGACUCGUUCCGGCCGAGCUGUGAAUCGGCCUACGGCCUAUACUUCGAUUCUUCCUUCUCCGCAGAAGGAUCCGAGUCUCCCGAAAAAGGCUACGACUACUAGCACCAGCAUAAGCACCGGAACUGGUACAGGCACGGGUACAAAUCGAAAACGCAAGCACUUCUUCCGCAGGAAAGAUGCGAACAUCGUUUGCAUUCACUGCCAGAGAGGAAGCAGUCCUUCGACCAAUACCAUUGUUUUCUGUGAUGAAUGCAAUGCGCCGUGGCACCAGAGGUGUCAUGAUCCUCCGAUUGCCGACGAGGUUGUGCUUGUGAAGUCGAAGGAGUGGUCUUGUCAUGAGUGCAAGCCCGUGCCGCGACCGACUACGCGGUCUGACAUGAAUCAAAACCAAAAGAAGAAGAUGAAGCAGACGCAACCCGCGCAGCCUCUGAUCAUAGCUCGUUCUGCUCUGCAGUUUGAGGUGGGCGGGUAUCGGUUCACUGCGGCAGAGAGGUGGGCGUACCUCUCGUCUCUCUCUCAUGCCUCGCUCGUGGAGUUGCUGGUCACUAUUUCAGAUAAAAACCCGACAAUUCCGAUGUUCCCCGCCAAUAUGAACGAACUGCGGGCCUCUGAAUUCGUUUACCAGCCGAAGACAGCACCUGCUACGGACUCGACCCUGACUGAGCGCGGCGCUGAUUCGACGGAGACACCUUCUGAUUUGUCCAGCACCUAUCCAGCGACGAGCACUCGUAGGGCUUCGGUGCCAGUCAACCAGGCGACUUCAUGGACCGCCAAGCGGCAGACACCCUCUCGCAGAACCUCUGCCCCGACGAAACCCACACCAACCAACUCUGCAAAUGAUCCGCUACCUAGGUUUCAUGCUGCUCCUGAGACCUCGGAAUUGUCCGUCCUUGAGGGAUCUCAAACGAAAGAUCAAUCUUCAACGCCUGUGGCUGCAUCUAUUGCACCAUCCAACCCAGAAUUCCAUGUUCAGAAGCCGGCGCAGACAGAGGACGACGACGAGGACUUUGAAGAGGUUGAGGACCACCGUCUUUACCCACGUGCAGGCAAUGGAUUCCGGCCGCCAUUAGAUCCAGCUGACUUGGACAUCCUUCGAGAAGAUCCCGAGUGUACGACUUUCAGUCAUGCCUUGCAUGGGCCAGCGAAGAACGCCCAGAAGCCGGUUCAGGUGUGGGGGAUGGUGAUGAAGGGGUAG